GAGUGAAACUGAAAGAUUAAGCGAUUGAGCUAGCAGCAAAUGGUCCUCUCGAGCGUGGUGCAAUGGUGGCAAGAGUUGCAGCUAUGCAUCCUUGUCUUAGGCAGCCUUGGCGUUCAGUGCUACCUCGCCUUAUUUGCCAGUGCCCGUAAGAAGCAUAGCAGGCCCUUGUUCAGAUUCAGCAUCUGGCUGGCCUACCUAGGCGGCGACGCUCUUGCUAUAUAUGCCCUUGCAAUCCUCUUUAAUAGACAAAGAAAGCUGCAGUACAGUUCUACAAAUGGCAGCCAUGUCCUAGAAGUGUUAUGGGCCCCUAUCUUGCUCUGGCACCUUGGUGGGCGGAUCAACAUAUCUGCUUACAACAUCGAAGACAACGAACUAUGGAGCCGUCACCUUCUAACUACUGUGUCUCAGGUCACCGUGGCCAUCUAUGUGUUUUGCAAGUCAUGGUCAUCCUCUGCUGAUAAGAGGUUACUAGCUGCAGCAAUUCUGCUUUUCGUCAUUGGUGUUUUCAAAUGCUUUGGUAAGCCCUUGGCUCUGAAGAGGGCUAGCUUUAAUACCAUAGCCAGCACUUUCCAUCCUGCUCCAUGGUCAGAAAGUACAAGAAGAGAAUUGGAGCUUGAGGAGUACAUACAAGAAGCAAGGAGCUUUGUGCAAUGUAACCAAGAUCCCCCAAGAUUGGAGUCUGAUGAACAGAAAAAAUUCUUGGAGGAACUCUCUAUACCUGACAAGCUAUUUGUCGACUAUGCAUAUGUGUAUCAUGACCGUUUGGCUCGCAUGAAAUCCUUCUGGUUACUGGACAGUGGAACCACUUAUAAGGCUCUAAGUCAAGGGCUCUCCAACACUUUCGAUCUUAUCUAUAGCAAGUUAUCUCAAUGGGAUGAUAAGAAUAGAACUACACCUGAUUGUAGUAAUAUAUGUUCUGGCUUGAAUAUGUUCAUAUUUUAUCCACUGUUGCCGAUUGUGCCCAUCGCCUUCUUCCACGCCAGCCAAAAACAAGCAUAUAGGAGAAGCGACAUCAAGGUUACAUUUAUAUUACUAUACAUCACAUACCUUUUGGAGCUCUUGUCUUUCAUCACACAAGCAAUUCAUUUCAAAGAAUGGUCACAUGGGGUUGCUCAACGUAGUCUUGUAGGAUUGCUAGCUUGGAACAGAAAGCAUGCAAGACUAAUGGGCAUCGCGGAAUUCUUUCAAUACAAAGGUUUGCUAUACACAUAUUUUAGCCUCAAGCCUUGUCACUCGUCCAAAGAUAUUACAAUGUUAGUUUGUGAACAUGCUAAGUCUGGAUGGGUGAAUCAUAUAACAAAUAUUGAGAGUUACUGGAGAUUCACUGACAGUAGAGGCCAGUGGGCACUUGAGGGUAGUGGAAGCGAAGAAAUCCUUGGGUGGAGUAUAGAGAAGCCCUUCGACGAGAGCAUUGUUCUCUGGCAUGUGGCUACAGAUUUUUGCUUCUAUAGUGAGGACAUGACAUCUCAUGAUUCUGAAUGUGCCAGGAUGUGUAGACAAAUCUCAAACUACAUGAUCCAUCUGUUGUUUGCUAAUCCUGAGAUGUUGUUGCCUGGCAGCAGAAGGAAUUUAUUCACAGAUGCUUAUGAUGAACUUGAGGCCAUCCUCCGAGGUCAUGAUGUAUCGAUGUUGGACGAAAAAGAACUCACUCAAAAGAUAAUUGGUAAGGCAGAGUCAGCAAAAGGAAUAAUUCGAGACUCAUGGGUUCUAGCUCAACAGUUGAUGCGGCUAAGUGAAGAGAAGAAGAUGUGGGAAAUAAUCAAAGGCGUAUGGAUUGAGAUGCUCUGUUUUUCUGCUGGUAGAUGCAGGGGUUAUCUGCAUGCCAAGAGCCUAGGCUCUGGUGGGGAGUACCUCUCCUACGUAACGCUUCUGAUGUCGCACGCAGGACUGGAGACAUAUGCCGAGAGGCAGCAGAGGGUGCAGCUUCGGCUUUCCAAUGAGGAGAGAGUGAAAAUUGCAAAACAAAGAGUAGAAGAAGCUGCAAACAACCAAGCUACUGCUGGCUCGUCGACUCCACAAGGCAUGGUUCCAGCAAAGGACGAAGAGAUUGCUACCACUCCAUUGGGUUCUCAAGUCACUGGGCAACUAGAACAAGAAGAAGAUGCUGCUUCUACAUCAGCUUCACGAGUCCCUGAGAUCAAGGUUGUUGUCUCACCAUAAGAGCCAUGUCAUGUCUUCUUGGUUUGUAUAUUCCUUUCGAUCACACACGCUAACUGCAGCGUGCCUGUACCAUUCCAUAUCUGGUCAUUUUGUUUCGGAUCUCAAUAGUUGAUUUUGCAGUUUGAACAGUCAAAACUUUCAGCCUUUUCUUGAUUUGAGUCAGUUGUCUGUAAUUCUUGUAUAGGUUUGUUCUUUUAAAUAUGAUGUGAUGACGACUUUUUGUGUUCUUUUGGAUGUC